GGGUUGUGUACAAUCUGACAUAUAGCUUCUGGCGAUUUAACAUCAGUGUCUAUAGUUUUUUAAGGAUUUUUUGUUAUGGAUUUAUACACUAAAUAAACCGUUCUUGUUGUUUUUGAUUGAGUGACAGAUAUAUAACAUAUAGCGGAAAUACAUGGUGUUCAUAUUGUAAUAUUUUGAUGCAAUACGAAUCUAAUUAACAAGGUUACUUAUCAAUCGGAAAUAAUAAUCUUUGAAUGCAUUCAGCGUUGCAAUGACAGUGGUUGUUUACAGUAAAACAAUGGAUUUGAACCUUACGAAAAGCAACUGGAAUUGAGACCUGUGUAAACAAUAACGGAAACGCGAGGUGAUUGGUAGAUUUAAGUGGGCUAGGUUCCACCCUCAGGCAGUAGCAACAUACCCCGGAAAUCGAUAUGUCAACGGAGUUAAGCCCAAGCGUUUGCUCCAGUCCGCUUGAUUCGAUACAUUCUGUGGACGUGGAUGAAAAUGUGGGCCUAGAAAACGGGGUUGUCAGAACUGGAUCAGGGGUACUCACGGAACUGGAUCGAGUUUCUCCAAGCUUUUACUUAAAACGCGAAAACAUGCCGACGGCGUACGGUUAUGUAGAUCAGAAUGGUAACACGACGGAACCGAAUAAUGAGGAACGUCGAGAUGUGUUGGGCUCGCACGGGGGACUCGGCCAGCUCGUGGCAUCGGUGUCCAGCGCGGGGUCGUUUCCGCCGGCGCCGCGCCUCUCCCACACGCCCACGUCCGACUUUCAGCCUCCCUAUUUCCCGCCGCCAUACAAUCCGAUCUCGCAGCAGACGAUGGACUUCCACCACCACGUGAACGACCCGUACUCGCAUCUCGGCGGCUUCCAGGCGCCGCAACAACACUACCACCAGCUGCAGGAACGGAACGUGCUCCGGCAUCGUGAUGACCUUCACAACAUGAGCGGCGGCGGUCUACAGCCGCACGACCGGAACCGUAACGAUUACGGCGGCAUGGGGCGCGCCGACUUGUUGGUUCCCCGCGCGCCAUUGUCCAUCGGCUACGGGGAGUCGGAUCCGAGUAUGUUGUCCUUGCACGCCGGAAACAUGAUGGACGACAGUGGGCAGAGUAUGGACGAUUCAGGCGGGUAUAUGGACCAGAAUCAGUCUGUCAUCAGAAAAGGCAUUCGCCCAAAAUUAGAAAACGGCAAGCAGCUUAUGAUCACGUCGUCGUUGAUCGGGAGUUCCCCUACAGACGUGUUCUGCUCGGUUCCCGGCAGACUCUCCCUCCUAUCCUCCACGUCCAAGUACAAAGUGACGGUAGCGGAAGUGCAGCGGCGCCUGUCGCCACCGGAAUGUCUCAACGCGUCCCUCCUCGGAGGAGUGCUUCGGAGGGCAAAGUCUAAAAAUGGUGGGCGGUCUUUACGCGAGAAGCUGGACAAAAUGGGAAUGAACUUGCCCGCGGGUCGCCGCAAGGCUGCCAACGUUACAUUACUCACAUCUCUAGUCGAAGGCGAGUCAAUCCGCUUGGCACGAGACUUUGGUUACCUGUGCGAGACGGAGUUUCCGGCCCGCCAGUGUGCCGAGUACAACACACGCCAAUACGCUGACCCCGCCGACCAAAUGACUCGCAAAAACAUGAUUCUUGCCACAAAGCAAAUUCUAAAGGAGCUGAUGGACUUGCUGAAUCAAGACCGGUCGCCCCUCGGGAACACGAGACCUCAAAUAAUAUUAGAGCCCAAUAUUCAGAGACACCUAUCGCACUUUAGUUUGAUCACGCACGGGUUUGGAUCGCCGGCCGUGGUCGCCUCGCUUACAUCUGUACAGAAUUACCUGAAUGAAAUGCUAAAACUCAUGGACAAAAGUUUUGUUCCCAACGGAAUGGACCCUAAAAAGUCGGAAAAGGACGAAUGACUGCGGCUGGUGCUGUAAAAUUGUGUUCAUGGUGCAAUUCUACGCAAAUUACUCGCGACUUCUUUUUUACCAGCAAACGGGUAAACUCGGUAAAUUUGAAAUAUGUUCUGAUUUGCGAAACGCUUUUGAUGAGGUCAGUGUUGGCCAGGGUGCUGGUCAGAGUGUGCAUUUGUGGUCGUUGUUGUUUGUUCGUUAACCCAUGCAACACAACGUGUUAAACGAAUUAAUAGAAAUAGUUUGUUAAAUGCCAUGGGUCAAUUUAAGGGUUAUUUGUAGACCGGAAGGCAAUAUAUCAUUUUGAUAUUUACGUGGCUCAGCAGCAUCGCGAAAAUAGGUGACUUUUCAAGUAAAAAAAACACCGGCUGAUUGACUUUCCGAUGAUAUGUGAUGAGAGUCGCCAUUAAUGUAAUCGAUCGUUUAAUCGAUUAAACCUCAAAGCACGCGCAAAUGUGACACCUGGGAUGUCUAACAUUCCACAAGAGUGAAUCACAGGUGGUUAGCGUGUGGCUAUGAUAUUAAUUAGUGAAAACAU